AUGUUUCUACUAUGGACUCAGGUAACAUCUGCUUCCUCAUAUGAAAGAGAAGGGACUGGGUAUUCAACACCUUAUCCAAGGACGACUACACCACCUGAAUCAGGAAUCCCUUUAAUCACAAAUCCAGGGCUGACUCCAUGUUCACAGAUUGGAGUGUUGGCCAUUAGGUCAUCUUCAUUGGCUCUCAGUAGCCAAACUAGCCUGAUGGAUAUGGCACAGUACGCUGAGAGCUUAAAAGAAAAAAUCAAUACAUACGAAGAAUACCGAUUUGAAGUAGAUAAGCACCUAGAAAGUUUGCAGGCUGAACAUGAACAUGCUGAGCAAGAGUUGAGUGCGCUGCAAGCUUCUCUGGAACCUCUUGGUGCAUCGUUCCCAGAAUGCCUAUCCACAAAAGAAUCUAUGAUGAAACAAAUCGAAGAGAAGCAUCAUGACACUGCAGCAUCGGUUUUCUGCUGUCUGUACAGAGAGGCUCCACCUCCACAGUCUUUUUUUCUGUCAAACAAAGGAAUGUUUGGCGUUGUAGCGCUUCUCGGUUCAGUUGCCUCCACCUCCCUUAGCAGGGUUUUGUCUGAAUAUUUGGGGAAAGACACAAUGCUUUCAUUGGUGUGCAAAUCAUCACAAUUUGGACAGAAAAGCGAUGAGUAUCGCAAGCUUCAAUCUGAAGCAGCUAGCCACGGACGAACUAUCACCAAUCGGUUUCUUGUUAUUUGUCUUGAUGCAACCAGACCUUGGAGGAAUGGAGUUGUGAAGAAUGAUCCUCAGAAGAGAUUAGCCAUGGAUAGCCCUUACCUGCCGAAUGGAGAUCCUAUUCCCGGUUUCAAAGGCUACGGUGUGAACAUGAUACACUUAAAUUCAGAGGAGCUGGAUAUACAAUCAAACUCGGGUCAUGGGCUUAGAGAGACGCUAUUCUAUGGGAUUUUUGGAGAGUUGCAGGUAUAUGAGACCGCAGAGGAUCUCGAAGCAGCUCUUCCUCACAUCAAUGGAGACGCUGUGUCUCUAGAUGGUGUGAUCGCCAGAGAAAACGGUUUCAUAUACUCUGGUUGCUGUACACCGGAAGUUCAUUUUCCAAUAACCGUAACGGAGAAGCAAGAGAAGGCAUUGGUGCGAAUGGAAAUAGCAAGAGGCAAAAAGAGAAAGGCUGAGAAGGAGAUCGCCGAGGAGAAUAGUAAGAAGCGUAGGUUGGUGAAAAAGUUGAAGAAGGCAACGGAGAAGUACGAAUGUUUAACAGCUACGGCAGACUCUUAG